AUGGAUCUUUACCUUCUCCUUGUGACAGUUUCUAGUCCAAGAAAACAGAGUAAUUGCUUCUUCUCCUUCAUCAUCAUCAUCUCUCCACCAUCUCCCCAGUCGUCUUUGCCUAUACACGAUGUCUUCCCGAGCUUCCACGGGGCAGAUGUCCGUAAAUCCUUUCUCAGUCAUCUUCUCAAGGAGUUUAGGAGCAAAGCAAUCAACCUGUUCAUUGAUAACGACAUCACUAGAGGAGAGUUUAUCGGCCCUGAGCUCAAAAGAUACGCUUCUUCCUCUUGGUGUCUCGACGAGUUAGUGGAGAUAAUGAAGUGUAAAGAAGAGUUAGGUCAAACAGUGAUGCCCGUUUUCUAUGAAGUUGAUCCAAGUGAUGUCAAAGAAGCAGGCCGUGAGUUUGGGAAAGUUUUUAAGAAACUUGUAAAGGUAAACCAAAUGAGGGAGAGUGAUGCAAAAAUGAUCGAAGAUGUUGCCACUGAGGUUGCAAACAAGUUGUUUAACUCCACGCCGUCAAGAGAUUUUGACGAAUUCAUUGGGAUGGAAGCUCAUAUGAACAAGAUUUCACGGGUUUUACGCACAGAUUUGGAUGAAGUGAGGAUGAUAGGGAUUUGGGGGCCGGCUGGGAUUGGCAAGACCACCAUUGCUAGGUCAAUGUAUACUCCACCGGUUUGUUCAGACGACCACAAUGUGAAGUUGCUUUUGCAGCAAAAGUUUCUGUCUCAACUACUCAACCAGAAGGAGGAGGAUUUCAAGAUUUCUCACUUGGGAGUUGCACGAGAAAGACUGAACGACAAGAAAAAGCAAUGGCCAAAGAAACUUGGUGGUUUGGUCAUGGAAGUCGGAUUAUCGUUACAAACGCAAGAUCGAAAGAUUCUGAAGGCACAUGGGAUAACUGAUAUUUACGAGGUUAAUCUCCGUCAGAUUGUGAGGCUAUUCAGAUGUUUUUGUAUGUACGCUUUUGGUCAAAAGUCCCCUGAAGAUGGUUUUGAGAAGCUUGUACGGGAAGUUACAAGACUCGCCGGUAAACUCCCUUUGGGACUAAGG